AUGGAUUUUGGAUCAUUGGAGACCGUUGUGGCCAAUUCUGCCUUCAUAGCUGCCCGGGGCAGUUUCGAUGCAAGUGGUAGUUCCCAUUUAUCCCGGGACAAGAAGUACCUUUCGAAGCUCAAACUACCUCCUCUCUCCAAAUGUGAAUCCCUACGGGACACUCUUAACUUAGAAUUUGAAAACAUUUGCUCUGAGCAGCCUAUUGGCAAGCGCCUCUUUCAGCAGUUCCUAAAAAAUGAUGAGCGAUAUGUCCCUGCUGUCGAGUUAUGGAGGGACAUCGAGGACUACGAUACGGCGGAUAAUGAUUUUCGCCUUCAAAAAGCCCAGGCCAUCCUUGCCGACUACCUGGACCCCAAGGCCAAGCUUUUCUGCAGCUUCCUGGAGGAGGGGAUGGUUGAGAAGGUCAAGGAGAAACACUCAAGCAUCCCCAAUGGACUCUUCCGACCUCUUCUUCAGGCAACCCUGUGCUACCUGAGUGAGGCUCCCUUCCAAGAGUACCUGGAGAGCUUGUAUUUCUUGAGAUUCCUGCAGUGGAAGUGGCUGGAAGCCCAGCCCAUCGGGGAAGACUGGUUUUUGGACUUCAGGGUCCUGGGAAAAGGGGGUUUUGGGGAGGUGUCAGGUUGCCAGAUGAAAGCCACAGGCAAGAUGUACGCCUGUAAAAAACUGAAUAAGAAGAGGCUGAAGAAAAGAAAAGGGUAUCAAGGCGCUAUGGUAGAGAAGAGGAUCCUAGCGAAGGUCCAUAGCAGGUUUAUAGUUUCUUUGGCCUAUGCAUUUGAAACCAAAACUGACCUCUGUUUGGUGAUGACAAUAAUGAAUGGAGGAGACUUAAGGUAUCACAUUUACAAUGUCGAUGAGGAGAAUCCUGGUUUUGAGGAAGCAAGAGCCGUCUUUUACAUUGCCCAGAUCAUCUGUGGCAUGGAACACCUCCACCAGAAGAGAAUUGUGUAUAGGGAUCUCAAACCAGAGAAUGUCCUGUUGGAUAAUGACGGGAACGUCCGGAUUUCUGAUCUUGGCCUUGCUGUGGAACUGAAGGAAGGACAGACAAAGACAAAAGGUUAUGCGGGCACCCCAGGUUUCAUGGCGCCAGAAUUACUUCGGAGUGAGGAAUAUGAUUUCUCCGUGGACUACUUUGCCUUGGGGGUUACAUUAUACGAGAUGAUUGCAGCCAGAGGACCCUUUCGAGCCAGAGGAGAAAAGGUUGAAAAUAAAGAGCUCAAACAGAGAAUUAUUUCUGAGUCUGUAAAGUACACAGAGAAAUUCAGCAAGGCCAGCAAGGACUUCUGUGAAGCCCUUCUUGAAAAAGAUCCAGGGAAGCGUGCUGGAUUCAAAAAUGGCAACUGUGAUGAGCUCCGAGUCAAUGUCCUCUUCAAGGAUAUCAACUGGAGGCAGCUAGAAGCUGGUAUGCUGAUACCUCCUUUUAUCCCUGACUCUAGAACUGUCUAUGCAAAGAACAUCCAGGAUGUUGGUGCCUUUUCCACUGUUAAAGGGAUUGUCUUUGACAGAACAGAUACUGAGUUCUUUCAGGAAUUUGCAACUGGAAAUUGUCCCAUACCCUGGCAGGAAGAGAUGAUUGAAAUGGGUAUUUUUGGGGACCUGAAUGUGUGGCGUGCUGAUGGCCAGAUGCCCGAUGACAUGAAAGGGAUAGCUGUGGAAGAGCCAUCCUCAUCAGCCAAGUCAGGAAUGUGUCUGAUCUCCUAG